CCCCUCUCCCUCUCGGCGCGACAUGCCGUCUUGCCGGAGAGAAUGCAUCGCCGCCUCGCUCGCUCUGCUGCUCGGCGCCGACGCCUACCUGCCCGCCCAGCGCGCCGGGCCGGCGGCGCCGCGUGGCAGCAGCAGCGUGCGCAUGUUCGGGCUGGGAGCUGCAGCGGCCGGGGAGCGGAUCGUCGUGACGGGUGUGGGUGUGGUGUCGGCGCUGGGCAACGGCGACGACUUCUGGAAGGGCCUGGUCGGGGGCAAGUCCGGGAUCGACACGAUCCAGGGCUUCGACGCGUCAAAGUUCCCGACGACGAUUGGCGCCGAGUGCCUCGACUUUGAGGCCAAGCCGUGGUUCGAGAACGUGAAGAACGCAAAGGCGACGGACCGGUACUCGCACAUGGCGAUGGCGGCGGCGCGGAUGGCGAUCGAAGAGGCGCAGCUCCCCGACGCUGCCCUCCAGUCGGAGCGCGCGGCAAUCAUCCUCGGCACCGCCUUCGGAGGGAUGGACACCUUCGAGAAGCAGCACCUCAACUUCGACAAGGGGAAGAAGGUGUCGCCCUUCACGGUGCCGGCGCUGCUGCCCAACACCGGCGCGGGAAUCCUCGCCAUCGAGCUGGGCUGCACGGGCCCAAACUACGGCGUCGUCUCCGCCUGCGCCGCCGGCUCGCACGCGAUCGGCACUGCGCUGCGCCAGAUGCAGUACGGCGAGGCGGACGUCUGCAUCGUCGGCGGCUCCGAGGCGGCGAUGACGCCCUUCUCGUACGCAGGCUUCAGCGCGAUGAAGGCGAUGUGCUCAAGCUACAACGACGCGCCGCAGACCGCGUCGCGGCCGUUCGACGCCACGCGCGCGGGCUUUGUGAUGGGCGAGGGCGCAGGCAUGCUCGUGCUCGAGACGGAGGCGCAUGCCAAGGCGCGCGGCGCGCCCAUCCUGUGCGAGCUCGCCGGCUACUCAGCGACGUGCGACGCGAACCACAUCACGACGCCGCACCCGGAGGGGGCCGGCCUCGCCAGCUGCCUCAAAAAGGCGCUCGCCGACGGCGGCGUCUCCAUCGACGAGGUGGACUACAUCAACGCGCACGGCACGUCGACCGCGUACAACGACAAGUUCGAGACGAUGGCGAUCAAGAAGGUCUUCGGCGAGCACGCCAAGAAUGUGCCCAUCUCGUCGACCAAGUCCAUGACAGGACACACCCUCGGCGCCGCCGGCGGCAUCGAGGCGGCCAUCUGCGCGAAGUUCAUGGCCACGGGCGACGUGCCUCCGACCAUCAACUAUGCGACGCCCGACCCGGAGUGCGACCUCGACUACGUGCCCAACGCGGCGAGGAAGGUGCUCAAGCCGCGUGCCGCAAUCUCGGAUAACCUCGGCUUCGGCGGCCACAACGCAGCCAUCGUCUUCAAGGCGUACGAGUGAGCAAGAGGCGCGGCGCCGGGGGGAGGGGGCGGGGGCAACAGCUCUGGCAUGGUUACAUGGAUGCGCGCGAGGCGCCUCGGCCGUCGGCGGUGGUAAAUUUACAUCAAUAACAAGAUAACCGUGGUGACGGAUUGCGA